AUGGCCCACAAGCGCAAGCGAUCCAUCUCCGAGCUCUGCGCCUCGCCCUCUUCAGUCUCAUCCUUCGACUCUCCUCCACGCGUCAGCAACUCCAUCACCAACCCUUUCACCAUAAUGACUUCGACGCCGCUUCAUCUCCAUAGCCGAACUAUGAAGCGAGUACGCGAUAAUCGACCUUCAGCGGAGACAAUUCAUCAACGCACACUCAAUAUGCUGUACUCGGCACAGAACCAGAAUCAAGACGUCGAGAUUCCAUCUGAACAUAUGCAAACCGAGACAAAAACUACACAACCCGAGUCAACACAACAAUCUCUCCAUCGAUUCUGGAACAUUUCUUCCGCACCCUCAGCGUCAACUUCUACUCUCAGCCAAACCGAACUCAUUCCUUCGAAUUGCGACGACUGUGGUGUUAGCUUUAUCAACGGAGACGACGGAAUGGAGCUAGACGGUUUCAAUAACGAGGAUCACUCAUGCGGUGCUUGUAACAAGCACGUCUGUUUUAGCUGCUCUGUCAGCAACCUCGGCGAGCAGCGACGAUGUCUGCAGAUUGGGUAA